AUGAGUUCUCAACUAAAUACAGUUCAUCUUGAGCAAAUAAUCAGCUAUCUUCAAUUUGCAGAUAAAAUGCGUAAACACAUUUUAUCAGAAGUUAAAGAAGAAAUCGCAGAUCACGUUGAUUCAAGAGUUGAUGAUAGUGAAACAUAUACUGGCUCAGAAAUCUGCGAUGCUCUAGAAGAUUUACCAGAUCUCUUAGAUACAAUGCUAGAUCGUGAACUUGAACAUCAAAGAGAUGUCUCUGUUUUCCUGAUCCAAAAAAUUUUCGAACAGUAUCGCCAAUUGGAUAUGGAAAUAUCAUUAAAGGUCCCAAUGCUUGAAAACGAGAAAGAUAUUAAGAGUUCUCAUGCACUUUGUGAAGAUUUGACAACAAAACCAGCAGAAACACUUAAAUCAGCUCCAUUGCCACCAAAAGAUGCCAAGAGAGUGGGAGAGAAGCUUAAAGAAAUGAAAUCGCAAUCAAAAUCAAAAGAUCCAAAAUCAAUUUUAGAAGAAAACCUCAGACUUAAAAAACAAAUACAAGAUGAAAUGAAUGCAUUCCCUCAAUACAAGAAGCUCCAAGAAAUGAUUCACGAGCGCGAAAUCGAAUUAAAUGGCUUGAAAGCUUGUUUGUAA